GGUCUGUGCGCAGCGCAGAGUUUCGGGUUUACCUCGCUGACUGGGCGGUGGGUGUGGACGGUGGACGGUGUUCAGGAACUGAACCUUACCGGGAGGAGGGGGGGGCCGGCGGAUCACCAGGAGCUGGAAACCGGCAAAGCAUCGACAUGGAGCUGGAGAACAUCGUCGCCAACACCGUGCUGCUCAAAGCACGAGAAGGAGGUGGCGGUAACAGAAAAGGAAAAAGCAAGAAAUGGAAGCAGAUGCUGCAGUUCCCCCACAUCAGUUGGUGUGAGGAGCUGCGACAGACCACAGAGAAAGACUACAGCAGCCUGUGUGAGCGGCAGCCCAUCGGCCGGUUACUGUUCAGACAGUUCUGCGACACACGACCUGAGCUCAGACGUUGCGUUAAGUUCCUGGAUGCUGUGGCGGAGUACGAGGUGACUCCAGACGAGAAGAGGAAGGAGUGCGGACAGGAAGUCAUCGACAAAUACCUCAACCCAACGUCGGAGGACCAUGUGUCUGAGGUGGAAGCGGAGAUGAUGACUCAGUGUACAGAGAGGCUCCAGCAAGAAGCCUGCAAAGAGCUUUUUAAGGACUGCACCAAAUUAAUUCACGACUACCUGAGCGUGGCGCCUUUUGCCGACUACCUUGACAGCAUGUACUUCAACAGGUUCCUGCAGUGGAAGUGGCUGGAGAGGCAGCCAGUGACGAAGAACACGUUCAGACAGUACAGAGUUUUAGGAAAAGGAGGCUUUGGGGAGGUGUGUGCGUGUCAAGUACGAGCCACAGGGAAAAUGUACGCCUGCAAAAAACUGGAGAAGAAGAGGAUAAAGAAGAGGAAAGGAGAGUCUAUGGCACUUAAUGAGAAGCAGAUUCUGGAGAAAGUCAACAGCCGAUUUGUUGUUAGUUUAGCGUAUGCCUACGAAACGAAAGAUGCCCUGUGUCUCGUGUUGACCCUCAUGAAUGGCGGAGACCUCAAGUUUCACAUCUACCACAUGGGAGAGGCCGGCUUUGAUGAGAAGAGGGCCGUGUUUUAUGCCGCAGAGAUAUGCUGUGGGCUGGAGGACCUGCACCGAGAGCGGAUUGUAUACAGGGACCUAAAGCCAGAAAACAUCCUCCUAGAUGACCACGGUCAUAUCAGAAUAUCAGACCUGGGUCUGGCCAUCCACGUGCCUGAAGGACAAACCAUCAAGGGACGGGUGGGGACUGUUGGAUACAUGGCUCCUGAGGUGGUGAUGAACGAGCGGUACACCUUCAGUCCUGACUGGUGGGCGCUGGGCUGCCUGCUGUACGAGAUGAUUGAAGGCCAGUCGCCUUUUCAGCAGAGGAAGAAGAAGAUCAAGAGGGAGGAGGUGGAGCGGCUGGUCAGGGAGGUGCAGGAAGAAUACUCCAUUAAAUUCUCUGAGGAUGCCAAGUCCAUCUGUAAAAUGCUGCUGGCCAAAGAUCCCACAGAGAGGCUGGGCUCCUUGGGGGGCGGAGCCUCUGAGGUUAAAGGUCACCCCAUCUUCCGUGACAUAAACUUCAAACGGCUUGAGGCUGGCAUGCUGCAGGCACCCUUCACCCCCGAUCCUCAGGCCAUCUAUGCUAAAGACGUUCUGGACAUAGAGCAGUUCUCCACGGUAAAGGGCGUGGAGCUGGACCCUAAAGACGAGUCGUUCUACAGCAAAGUGUCAACGGGCUGCGUCUCCAUCCCCUGGCAGAACGAGAUGAUCGAGACGGAGUGUUUUGCUGAAUUGAAUUUGUUUCACGAGGACGGCGCCGUUCCUCCCGACCUGGACUGGAGAGGGCAGCCGUCCCCAACGCCCAAACAAGGACUGCUGCAGCGGCUCUUCGGCCGACAGGACUGCUGUGGUAACUGCAGUGACAGUGACGAUGAGCCCACCAGGCUGUGACAAAACCCACCCAACCACAUAAAAUAUGUUUUGUUUACAACUUUUGCACAAUGUUUGCCAGAAUGUAUAUUUUCAGCAUAGUCAUAAUGUUUGAAUUUAUUUAAAAGUGUGAAAAAAUCUGCUGUGGACACAUUUCAAACUGGGAACACAGAUGGACACAAAACCCAGUUUUAUUUUAUUUUAUUGUUUUGAUUUUAUUGUCCAGGGGAAGGUUCGCUUUCGUCCAUUUAGAUGCUGAACUUUGCGCUGGAGCAAGCGCCUGCUGUAUAAAAGUGCCUUGCUUGAGGGCACCAUGGCAGUGAUUACUCAGGGAGGACUGGACGCUCCUCUCAUAGGGAUUCCCACUUUGAGGCAAACCAGUGACUUUAAGCCCAUGAACUGUGACCACUUUACUCCAGGGGCCCUCCUAAUGCCUGCCUUUUUAUGCUUUAGCCCUAUUUUCUCAUGUACAAACAUGCAGUCUGCCUCUGCAGGUUUCUUUUUUCUUUUUCGUUUGAUUUCUCGAGACAAUCAGCUCUUUAUGUCAUAGCAGCUUUAGGGGUAAAGUUAUCGCUAUGGUUUCAGUUUUACAGAGCUUCAUCAAGCUCCAUCUAGAGUUGUGCCUUUUCAUAUGAUCAAUGUAGUUUUACCUACAAACCUUGUGCAUUUUAUUAGGAUUCAACACAAAUAAGUGUCUUGUUAAUUAUUUAAAAGAAAGUCAUACAUGGUAAGGAUUUUAUUUCCAAAAAGCAGAUAAAAUAAAAUGUGUGAAUUUAUAUUCCGCCACUUUGUAAACUCACCUCCGAUUCGAAUUAAAGCUUCAAGCCAUCUUAGUAUAGCUGAAGGAUUUCAAGUACAGUUUUCUUGGUAAAAGUGGCUGAAAAGUUGGAUUAAAUCUUAUC